AUGCUGUGUGAUAGCAAGACUGUGGAUAGUCCUCUAAAAAUGAAUGUUAAGCUUCUUCCUACUGAUGUCAACCUGAUUAGUAAAUUUAUGCAUGCACUAUGCUCUACACACUAUGCAACAGUUAUCCUCUGGAUUGACUGUCGACUACUCUCUCCCAGAACAACCUAUGCUGCUUAUCUCGUCUUCAAAUUGGCCUCUAAGUCAUAUGGACUUGGUCCCCCUCGACAGUUGGCAUCAGUGAAGCUAGGAGAUUAUGCCUUGGAGACCGAUAUCUGUUUGCAAGAUGAUGACGACAGUGAUGAUGAUGAUGACGACGAUGACGACGACCAGGAGGAAGGCCGGCGGCGCCAGCAGCAGCGGCAACAGCGCUUGAGGAAUGAUGGGUGGAUGGAGAUCGAGUUGGGAGAGUUCUACAAUGAUGAGGGGGAUGACGGUGAUGUGGAAAUGAGAUUGUCGGAGGUGAAUGCAGGGCAUUGGAAGAGUGGGCUCAUCAUCCAGGGCCUCGAAGUAAGGCCCCAAAUUUGA